CACACCUCCUAAAUGUCAAAUUUGCUGAAUUUCUUUGUUUUCAUUUUGUUUUUCUGAUAGAAUGAAGUGAUUUGAGGUUUUAUGUUGUAAAUUGCGUUCUUAAAAGUAGUUUAAAGGGUUCUAGAACUUCUUCUAUUGUUAAAAUUUAGAAUUCCGGUGCAUAUGUGACGUUUUUUUGUGAAGGAUUGGGGGAUUCGGUUCACCAUUUCUCAGAUGAGCUUCUUUAGAAAUUGUGCAGUUUCAAAGCAAAAAACUCACAAAUUCAGGAUUCAUGAGCUUUACUUGGAAUAAAUUAUUGAAUUUGAAAGGAAAAUGAACUGUAUUGAAUUGAAAUCUGAGAGUUUUAACAGCUUUUCAGAAGUGACCGUUAAUUUCACAAUUUCAAAAACCCCAAUACUCCAGCUCCAGCUGCUAGUGAGAGCAAUAAUUUGCUGCGAACCUAAAAUAUGAAUGUUUUUAUUUCAUUUAUUAUUUUUUAUUGAUUUAUUUGUUAGGAAAAUUAUUUUGUUUGCACAUAUAGAUUUUUUUAAAAACUUUUUCUAGUAGUUUUUUGACAUACCAUCUGACAUACAUACGUCAAUUUUUUUCAUGUACUCACGGUGUCUUCCAUAUUGGAUUUCAUUAGACGCGUGUCAUUCCUAUUCUGAAGUAAUAAAAUAAAAAAAUCGCUAAAGAUGGAAUUUUUUGAUGAAGAAAAUUUUAAUGCAAUCGAUUACAUUAAUACAACGUUCUCUGGAAAAGGGACAGAAUGCAGUAAGGAAACGUUCGUAUCAUUGUUUGUGGACCAACUCCAAAUAUACGUUCGUGAUGUGAAUUGUGUACUUGAGGAUACCAGUCAACAAAUUAUCGGAAAUAUUCCAAACAUCAUGAAGGAUGUGGAUAAUUUAAGGCGUGAGGCUUUAACACUUCAGAAGCAGAUGCAUGACAUGCAGAUUGAAAUUGCCCAAUUGCAAAAGGAUACCGGAAGCUGUAUGUCCAGUCUCGAGCGGUUAGAUACACUUAAAAUAAAACUGCAAACAGCAAAACGAGGUUUACAGGAAUGUGAUGGUUGGGGAAGGCUUACUUCUGAAUUGGAAGAUUUACUUGAAGGUAACGAUCUAGUUGGAAGUUGUGAAAAACUAAAUAUUCUCCAAAAAUCUUUGGCUGCUCAAGUUGGUUUACCUGGACAAAGUGAACGAGAAAUGCAUGUUGAAGAUGCAAAGAAUAAGUUGGAAGCUUUGGCAAGUCCUCAAGUGGUUAAAUGUUUCUCUAUUGGAAACGCCACUGAUGCCAUCAAAUAUGUAGAAUUGUUUAUGAAAAUGGGACGUCUAACCCAAUUAAAGCAAUACUACAGGACCGUGCAAAAGACUCGUCUUCAGAAUCAGUGGCAAGAGAUUGUAGAUUUGGUGGACAAUUCAACGGAUAUACGUUUUCUUAGAGAAUUCUAUCAUCUUCUUCUAGAGCAUUUCCAAAAACAAGUAAAAUGGUGCACACAAGUAUUUGGACCAAAUGAUGGUCUGAUAGAAACUGUCUCGUUGAUCUCAGACGUUCUGACUACUCUUCAGCCUAGUCGAGAAGCUAUAGUUUCAAAUUUAAUGAAGGCACAGAGUGAAAAAUUGGAAGCACUAUCUGAAUUUUCAAUGGCCAAUCAAUUUUUUGGAUCUUCAAUGGAAAAGUAUAUACAAAAUAGUGGAUUAUCGCUCCCAAAAGAUAAACUUGCAACUCUUUCAAAGAGUAUUUAUGAUUACUUUCAAGUUUUCAUCAUUAAAUAUGGGGCACUUGAACAGAACUUCCUUUCAAACUAUCUGGUUACUCUUGGAUUGGAAAAUCAAGUUGUGGCUGUUGAAACCGUACGUUGUUUGGGUAACAGCAAUGCGAAAAUUUUUAAAAUGGCUUCAAAUGCCUUAGAAAGAUGUGAAUCUAUUACCCAGAAUUGUGCUAUCGGACCCCUUGUUACAGUAUUAAAUCAAUUCUUCAGAGAGUAUUUGAAUAAAUACAAGAAAGCCCAAAAGCAAUUAGAUGCAACUAGAAAUACCCCAAACGUGAAUUUUAUCCAAAUUUGCACAACUCUUCUGGAAUAUUUGGGUGAUUUUAUGCUUCAACUUACAACUUUUGAAGAAGAAGUUAUCACGAAAAUUUUGACUUCAUAUGAACAAGUAUGUCGUCAGGAAUCAUCUUCAUUUCAGUAUAAAGUUUUACGCAAGGCGGAUGUUACUGAAAUCAAGAAGUUUAAAAAUUUAAUUCAUGAAAGACAAAAUCUGGGUGGCAAUGACUCAAAUUCCUGGUCAAUAUUUUCUGGAUUGAUUGAAGUUGUGAAGCCAAUUUGUACAGAAAUACAUGACACAACACUAGCAUCAGUUUUUGCUCCUAUUGAAAUACAUUUGAAGAAUAUUGAACCAACAGAGACAAGUAGCACCAGUCCUGAUCUGCCUGACUAUAGUUUUGCACCUCAAGAAUAUAUUACACAAGUAGGUCAAUAUUUAAUGACAUUACCCCAGCAUUUGGAACCUUUUCUCCUUUCACCAUCUGAUGCAUUGAGGCUGUCUCUUAUGACUGCUGAUGAGAAAUAUUCCCAGACACUCACAAGUGGAGACGUUCUAUUAACCCUAAUAGCCGAAGAGUGUUGCGCUUUGUACAUGGAGAAUAUUUAUAAAAUUGGAAAUUUAAGCAAUACAACAGCAAAACAACUUGCAACAGAUAUCGAAUAUUUGGGUAGUGUUCUUGAUGAGUUGGGAUUGAAAUUGGGUUCACAAAUGCAACAAGUCUCAAUACUUUUGCGGGCUCCUUCGGAAAACUACUUGAAUUUAAGUGCUGGAUGUGAUCCUAAACUUGUUACAACAAUUAGACAAAUGAGAAAUAUUAUUUCUACAGAAUGAAAAAAUGUGAACUUUAUUGUAUAUUUAAAACCUGCAGCCAAUAAAAAUUAAAAAUUUAAUUUUCA